AUGAGCAACAACAAUGGCAACAAUGGCCAGCAAGGCCCCUCGGAACGUGACAUCAAACAAAACUCGGGAGUCUCUGCCAGCAUGGCUUUACAAGCAACACAAAAGGCUUGGGAGUUGAGACAAGCAGCCAUGGCAGCUGGCGACGCCGAUGCACGAGAAGCGACUCUUGCCAAAGCCGUCAACAAGGAGAUUGAAGCCGAGUCCUUUGGCAAAGCUGCUAAGUACGCACAAAGCGGUGCUUUCCAAGGACUUGCCGCUGGAGCUGGAUUAGGCGUGCAACCUGGCGUCACUCUCGGAAAACUCACUGGAGCUAUUGUAGGAGGAACGGUAUCAACAGUUACUGGCCUGCUUGGUGGUGGUAUUGGGUCCGUCUAUGGAGCCAUGCACGGCAAGAUUUGGGACAUGGGAGAAAUGGCAAGCCAUGGUGUUCAAGGUGUCGUUGGUGAUUUCCUUCCUGAUUGGAAGUCCACUCCGGCACAGAAAAAGGCGUUGGACAAGAUGGUCAUGCAAACCAAGGAGACACAAGCACCGAGCAAGGAAGAGUUGGAGAAGAUGAAGAAUGAUAUGCCUGACCAGGCACCCUCAUCAUGGUCACAGUCAGCAAAGGACAUGACCAGCUACUUGCCUGGCAUGCCAUCAAUGCCCUCGAUGCCUUCGAUGCCCAAUAUGCCCUCCAUGGCACAAGCAGGCUCUGCUGUUGGGCUCGGUGGCCUAGGGGCAUCUAUGGGUAUGGGAGGAGGCGGUGACCAAGCCAGCAACAAGCAACAAACAUCCCAACAACCAAAGCAACAACCAAAGAAACGAAGCCAGUCACAGCCAAAGCAAAGCGAGCAGCCACCAAAGCAACAAAAGACAUCCAACACACAACAACCCUCCAGACCAAAAGAAGCACCAAAGCCCAAACAAGCGCCGACGGCCAACACAAACACAAACACCUCCUCGCAGCCAAAAGAAGCUCCCAAAUCGAAUGGCACAUCCACCGGACCAACAACCAGAUCAGCAUCGCAAAAACAAACUCCCUCAACCACAAACACCAAUACUGCAAAACCAGCAGCGAAACCACAACAAACCACUGCCAGCAAACCUGCUGCUAGCCAACCAACUGCAACGUCAAGCACUGCCGGAAAGAAAAAGCCGAGAAAGUUGAAUACUGCGGCAAAGAGCAGUGGUGCUACACAAUCCAAACCAACAGCAGCACCCACCAAAAGAGCACCGAGGAAAAUAGAGACUCGCAAGCCUGCUGCUACUGCUGCGUGA